UUGGAGUGAGCCAAAUUGCGGCCACGACUCCGAGUCGAGAAACACCAAGCAUCUAUCCUGGACCAAUCUCAACACGCACCUGUUCAACGUCCGAAUUUUGUACCUGGACAUUCUUCCAAUGGACCGCUAGUCUACAGUACCCUCGCCUAUACACAAGAUCGUAAGAUAUGUUGCUCACGAGCACAGCUGCGAGCAACCGCGUCAGCAACCGCGUACUCCGAACACACAUUAUCCGCGUCUGCAAGAUUAUCAGAUUGGUGCUUCAAAGAAGUUUUUUGCUAUCUGCUCAAGCACCUGCAAAUCGCCCCCAACAGUGUUCGCCAAUUCCUCAUGCACCCAUCCCUUCGUGUACCCACCUCCACAAGUAAUUAAUUAAGCAUUCUCAAGCACGUCAACGAG